UCCAACUCUCCCCUGAUCACAGUGAGAGUCACACUCUUCUUGCUUCCUCCUCUCUCUCCAUUUAGCGGAGCAUGCAAAGGCAUCAGUCUCAGCAUUUUCGGUAGAAAUGACGAACAAGGGAAAAGGAAAGGGCAAAGAGGUUGCCGGAAAAGCUUCGACCGGCAAGCGCAAGGCCACCUUCGACGAUGACAAGACCGGUGGCCGCUUUAAGUCAGCAGCCAUGAAGUUUUUCGAUGACGCCGCUGACGUUGAUGACAGCGAUGACAGCGACGACAACGAUUUGAGCGAAGAGAGUGAUUUCGGCGACGAUUUUUCUGACGAGGGUUUUGAUGCCUCUCCGAGAAGAAUGAGCGAGCCAGGCCCGAGCAGUUUCCCGCGUGUUCCUAAAGAGGAAUUAGUGGACGAAGAAGAGUUUGAUAGAAUACUUGAAGAGCGCUACGCUGAUCCAUCCAGGUUUAUCAAAUUUGCUGAUGAGUUUGAUGACAAAGGCAACAAUCCAAAUUCUAUUCAUGACGCGGUCAUGGAAUUAAUGCCCAACAUCUGGAAAGUCAAAUGCACUGUUGGCCGGGAGCGGCUUUCAGCUUUGUGUCUGAUGCAGAAGUUUGCUGAUUUGUUUUCUUUGGGUACUGUCUUGAAGAUAAAAUCUGCUUUUGCCGUAGAUCAUAUGAAAGGUUUUGUAUACAUUGAGGCUGAAAGACAGUGUGAUAUAAAUGAGGCAUGUCAAGGGAUUCCCGGAAUCUAUGUUACUCGAGUAGCACUUGUACCAAAUAAUGAGGUCUAUCAUCUGUUUUCUGUUAGAAAUAGAACCCCUGAAAUUUCUGAGGGUAUGUGGGCUCGAAUAAAAGCUGGUAAUUACAAAGGGGAUUUAGCACAGGUGGUGGCUGUAAAUAAUACCAGGAAAAAGGUUACAGUUAAGCUCAUUCCAAGAAUUGAUCUGCAAGCUUUGGCUGCCAAAUUUGGUGGAGGUUAUAGUCGCCAAAAGGUUGCUGUACCGGCCCCUAGAUUAAUCAGCUCGAGUGAACUUGAGGAGUUCCGACCACUCAUUCAGGUCAAGCGUGACCGGGAAACGGGCAAGGUUUUUGAGGUUCUUGAUAGCUUGAUGCUCAAGGAUGGGUAUGUAUACAAGAAAGUAUCUCCGGAUUCAUUAAGUUUAUGGGGUGUUGUGCCCACAGAAGAGGAGCUGUUAAAAUUUGGGACUUCUGAAAACAAUGAAUCAAAUGAUUUAGAGUGGCUUGCUCAACUUUAUGGUGGUAAGAAGAAAAAACGUGUAAUAAGACCCAACAAAGGAGGUGGGAAAGGAGAGGGUUCAUCAGAUUUGGUUGUGGAAAAUGAUUUUGAACUUUAUGAUUUAGUAUGUUUCGGGAAGAAGGACUUUGGUGUAAUAGUAGGCAUGGAUAAAGAUGAUAUUUACAGGAUUCUAAAAGAGAGUUCAGAUGGACCUGCUGUUAUAACUAUUGAACGAAAGGAAAUAAAGAGUGGGCUAUUGGAUUUGAAACUCACUGCCUUUGAUCAGCACAAUAAGGCUAUAUUGGUUAAUGAUACUGUCAGGGUUCUAGACGGUCCAUCUAAGGGUAAACAAGGCAUUGUUAGGCACAUUUAUAGGGGAAUUGUCUUUUUACAUGAUGGAAAUGAGGAAGAAAAUGGAGGUUACGUCACAUGUAAGUCUAAUAUGUGUGAGAAGGUCAAGCUUGAUGCCGGUGAUUUCAGUGGAAAGGAUAGUGAACCAGGUCCUUUAUUCUUUGAAGACCAACCAUCAUCACCAAGAUCUCCCUUGUCACCCAAAAAACCAUGGCAAGCAAGACAAAAUAAUCGUGAAUUUAACCGUGGGGACAGCAAUAACAUGUUUAACAUUGGUCAGACCUUGAGAAUUAGGAUAGGUCCUUUGAAGGGGUACCUUUGCCGUGUCAUUGCCUUGCGCCGCUCUGAUGUAACUGUGAAACUUGAUUCUCAGCAGAAGGUUCUUACAGUUAAAUGUGAGCAUCUUUCUGAGGUUCAGGGGAAGAGUGCUGCCAUUUCAUCAAGUGGUGAUCCAGAUGCAAGUUCAUCUAAGCCAUUUGAGCUGCUGGGUGGUGAAGGAAGCUCUGGAGGUUGGCUGAGUGGAGUGGGAACUUCCACUGCCAGUGGUGGAUGGAAUGCUGCUGGGGCAUCAUCUGAAAGGGGAACAUGGUCUAAUGAUUCUGCUCCAACCUUAUUGAAGCCAGAAUCUUCCUUAAAUCCUUUCAGUUCCAAGGGUGCAGAAGAUUCUGCUUGGGAAACUAAAAGUAAUUCAAACCAGAACUCCGCAUGGGUUGCUGCAGUGGAGAAGACUGGAGUUGCUUCUAAUCCAGAACAGUCUGGUGGCUGCUGGGGAAAUGGUGGAGGCAGCUGGGGUCAGGCAGAACGUAAAACUGGAAGUGUGGGUGAUGACAACCAGAAUAGCAAUUGGAAUACAACCAAUGUUUCUGAAAAGGAAUCUUCUGGUUGGAACAGUGUACAAAAGUCAAAUGAAACUUCAUUGACUGGAUGGGGUGAUGGCAAUGGUUUUAAAAGUGGAUCAGAUGAAGGAAACCUCACAUCUAAUUGGCGUGGGUGGAAGUCUGAAACAAGUGGAGUCAAAGUUGGAAAUCCUUCUGGUUCUUCAGAUAUCAAUGCUAAUAAGGAUGCUGGAUGGAGCAAUACUGGUUCAAGUGCUGUAGCUGAAAAUAGUGGUUCUGAUUUGGGAAAAGACAGUAAAUGGAAUGCUGUAUCUGAUGGUACUGAUGGAAAUCAAGGGAAUGGUUGGGGUCAGAAAAGCAGUUGGAACUCUGGAUCUCAGAAUGACUCAAAUGAAAAGAAAUCUAACAGUGGGAAUUCUCACUGGGGUUCUGGGCGUACUGAGCCUGGAAAUCAAGAUUCCAACCUUGACAGGAAAAGCAAUUGGAACUCUGGAAGCAGUGGAAACUGGGCUUCUGAUCCGAAAAAUAGCAAUUGGAAUUCUGGAUCUGAUAACUCCAAUGAAAAUCCAGACAGGGGAAAUAAUAACAACUGGAACAGUAAUAAGCCCUUUUCGAGUGCGGGGAAUGAAAGCAAGAAUUCCGACUGGAGUUCUAGGCAUCCUGAUACUGGAAAUAAUGAUCGUAGCUGGGGCAAGAAAAGUAAUUUGAAUUCUGGAUCUGAUAAUUCCAAUGAAAAUCCAGACAGGGGAAAUGAUGACAACUGGAACAGUAAUAAGCCCUUUUCGAGUGCGGGGAAUGAAAGCAAGAAUUCCGACUGGAGUUCUAGGCAUCCUGAUACUGGAAAUAAUGAUCGUAGCUGGGGCAAGAAAAGUAAUUGGAAUUCUGGAUCAGGUGAUGCAGAUCAAAACAACAGUUGGAAAAGCAAUAACAGCUGGAGUGCAGGCUCAAGCGAUAAUCAGUUGAAUGGUGAAAAUGAAGGUUCAAAUGAAAAUUCUAGAGGAGUAGGUGGUGGGAACCGGAGAGGUUGGAAUUCUGGAUCAGGUGAUGCUAAUCAAAACAACACUUCGAAAAGCAAUAGCAGCUGGAGUGCAGGCUCAAGCGAUAAUCAGUUGAAUGGUGAAAAUGAAGGUUCAAAUGAAAAUUCUAGAGGAGCAGGUGGUGGGAACGGGAGAGGAGGUUACCAGGGUAGAGGUGGAUCAGACAGAGGAGGCUUUAGAGGUAGAGGUUUUCGAGGUAGAGGAGAUCGAGGGGGCUUUGGAGGUAGAGGAGACCGUGGGGGUUUUGGAGGCCGGGGAGAUCGUGGGGGUUUUGGUGGCCGGGGAGACCGCGGGGGCUUUGGUGGUAGAGGUAGAUCAGACAGGGAAGGUUUUGGUGGUAGGUGGGGAUCAGGUGGAGGCCGAGGUCGAGGAAGGAGUGAUCAAUCUGGUAGUUGGAACAAUAGGAGGGAUUCUGGUGAGGAUGGGUCCUCUGACUGGAAGAAGGGUUCAGAUAAUGUUGAAGGAUGGAGUAAUAGUAAUGGAUCCCAGGCUUGGAAUCAGGAUUUUGGUGACAAAAAAAGGAAGAGCUGGAGCCAAGGAAAUGCGGAUAAGGAGCAUCCUAGCUGGAACCAAGGAGGUGGAAGUGAACAGAGAUGGAGUUCAGCAAGUGAUGGGGCAAAUGAUAAUAGAUCCCAGGCUUGGAACCACGAUACUGGGAACAAGGACAAGCAGAGCUGGAGCCAAGGGAAUGCAGACAAGGAGAGUCCUAGUUGGAACCAAGGGGGUGGAAAUAAGCCAAAGUGGAGCUCAGCAGAAGGUAGAGCUAAUGAUUCUGGCUGGAAUCAAGGAGGUGGGAGUAAGCAGGGUUGGAGUUUAGAUAGUGGUGGAGCUAAUGAUAAUGGAUCUCAGGCUUGGAACCAGGAUACUGGUGGCAACUACAGGCAGAGCGGAAGCCAAGGGAAUGCAAAUAACUGGAGCUCAGCAACUGGUGGUCAAGCUAACAAUUCUGGCUGGAAUCAAGGAGGUGGAAGUAAGAAGAGCUGGAGUUCGGUAAGUGGUGAAGCUAAUGAUAAUAUAUCUCAGGCUUGGAACCAGGGGAAUGCAGAUAAGGAGCGUUCUGGCUGGAACCAAGGUGCAAAUAACCAGAGCUGGAGCUCCGCAAGUGGAGCUAACGAUAAUUGGAACAACAAUGAUUCAAGACAGGCUACAGGUGCUAGCUUGAAAAAAUCUACAGCUGAAGAGACCAAUAUCCAGGAUGGUGGGUGGAACAAGGGAUCUACUUCAAACACUACUACUGGAGUUCUGAAGUGGGGUCAAUCUAGUAGUGCUGCAGACAAUGGUCAAUCUUCUAGUUGGAAGAAAGAAUCAGCAGAAGGUGCAGCAGGUUCAUGGGGCAAGAAAAAUGACGGGGAUGUCAAAGGUGGAUGGUAGUUGCUUUCUUUCUAAAACGUGAUGGACCGGAACAGGAAAUCGAGUUUCGGCACAUUUUGGAAAUGUAGCUAAUGACAAACUUUUUUUUUUUUUGUAUAUCCGUAUAAAUCUUUGCUGAAACGUGAUUUCUCCCUUAAACUAAACAGAUUUGGUGAAUGGCUAAUCCCUUCUGUUUUAUGCCUGAUUAUGUUAAAAUGUUUACUAGAAUUGGAAUGCGUUGUUGGAUUACAAUGUGUUCCUUUCUGAGUCUAUAUA